CGUUCCUUCUCACGCAAAAGCGGCGGAGAAGUUCCGCAGCCGAGAACGGAGAGAUGAAGUGACUCGUGAGAUAUCACGUCAACACGAGCGAUCCACUCCCUCCUUUCUUGAUGGCCGCCAACCGCGUUUCCACAUCGGGACGCCACUCGUCCGUGGCGAGCACCGCCCCUUCUGGCGACUCUUCCGGCCUGAAAAGGACCGACUCCGGCACCUCGCUUGUGGCUGAAGAGCCUUACCUUCACCGUCCUGGGCUUGGGCUGGGGACGUCCUGGUGGGUUCGUCAGGUUUGGGGAGCGUCCAAGUAUAGAAGGAUCCUGGUGCGGCGGGCGAGGUGCGCCCAGGUCUUCCAGCAGAUCUUCACCUGGGGAUUCAUCAUCUUCAUUUUCUUCGUAUGUGCAGCCGACACACAGCACAGAACAACACACACACACAGCUUGCCAUGGGCGAGAUGGGAUGACUGUGGGAUUGUAUGUUUGUGUGUGAUUGUGUGACUGUGUGACUGUGUGGUCCCCCUCCCCCCAGAGCGACAUCUAUCUGUUUGGUGUGGAGGAUGAGCGGUACGGUGUGUGGCGGAGCCUAAAGUACCUCAUCUUUGCGGUGCUGUGCGACGUGGCCCUGGUGCUGGCCAUCCAUGGCAUCUAUGCCCUCGUACGGGCCAUCACCAAAAAGAGAGAGCGCAUCGACGGCGUACUCAGAUCAGCCUCUAUGUGGUCAGCCAAGCCAAGGGCCUGGCCUUCUUCUCUCAUCCUUCACCCAUUCACCGACCCAUUCUCGUGUGUCUGUGUGUGCAGGGAUCUGGACUACCUGGGCGGCGCGUCGGCCUCUCAGCUGGACUGCAUGGACCCCAUGGGCAGCGGACAACUGAGCCCUGCCCCCGUGCUGGCAGAGCGCUCCCACUCACACACACUCCGGAUUGCCCACCCCGGCGGCUCAUUCGGCAAUGCUGCCAAUGACAGCGGCGCUCACCUCGGGAGGCCGGCGAGCGGGCAGUGGAUAAGGGAGAGGGACAGCACCGACGAGGUGCUGGCGACCGAGAGCUUCGCCGUCGACAUGCAGACCAUCCGCGCGGCGCCGCCCGAGGCGCAGAGCAGGAGAAUCAUUGGGCCUGAGCAGAAACGCAGCGAGUCCAGGCUGAAGCCGCGUACGUGAGCUCUGCAUGCUCAUCUGUCUGUCUGUCUGUCUGUCUGUGGGUCGAGAACACGUGUGGCGUUGGUGUGUGUGUGUGUGACUGGUCUGUUAACAGGUGUGCAGCGUUGCGGUGGCUUCCUGCGGUAUAACAGGGUGGGUCGGCUGCUGAACGUGAAGAUGCAGGAGGUGUCUGACCUGCCGGCGUAUCACUUCGCGCGAAUCAGCCAGACGCUGGGCUGGGCGGUCGUGUGGCUGUGGGCGAGUCGGUACCUGGACAGGGACAGCGCAAUCGACCCGUGGAGCUAUCACGUACGUGAGAACGAUGCGUCUUGUUUGUCUGCGUAGGUGUGUUGGAUCCUCCUCUCUCCCUCUCUCUCUCUCUCUCUGUGUGUGUGUGUGUGUGUUUCUUUCAGGUGCCUGAAGAGUAUGACAGCAUAGAGAGGAUAUUCCUGUGGAUCGUCUCGCUUGACUUCUGCUUCCAGCUGAUCGUGGCCAAAGACAAGAAGCGAUUCCUCAGUGAGUACCCCACACAUUCCCCCCUCCCGCCCGUCACUCACAGCACCCACAUGGCACAUAUCAAAACACGCGUUGCGUGUUGGAUGUCAGUGCGGCGUCAGUCUCUGUUGGACUUUCUGACGCUGCCGGCCUUCCUGAUGAUCGUGCGGCUGAUCGUGCUGCUGGUGCGGUGGUUCAAGCCGGACAUCGGCGACGUCAACCCUGAGCACUACCUUCUCAACUUCGGCUUCAUACGCUUCCUCAGGCGAGGAUGGAUGGAUGGAUGGCAAAUGGCAACACACACUCACACACACAUACACACACAUACGCACACACUCUCUCUCUCUCCCUCUGUCCAUCCAUCAGGUUGACGGGCAUCGAGCCGACGAUGUCGCGUGUGGUGCCGUGGCUGUCGCCCAUCCGGCGGCGUCUCAUCUCGAUCGUCUUCGGGCUGUCCUCCAUCCUGCUGACCUUCAGCGGGGCGAUCUUCUACUUCGAGGGCGCCCCCAAUGCACCCGAUGACGACGGAGGGACAUACUUCCGCGGCAUGUUCGACUGCAUCUACUUCAGCAUCGUCACGGUAUACGACACGCCGCAGCUGGGCUUCGCUUCUUUCUCCCUUGGUGCAUCCUCCCUCGUCUGUGUGUGUGUGUGUCUGUGUGUGUGUGUAUGUAUGUAGGUGUCGACAGUGGGUUACGGCGACUACACGCCCGAGAUGUGGGAGAGCAAGGUUGUGGUGGUUGUGGUCAUCAUCCUGUGCCUCGCGUACCUGCCCACGGAGAUCAGACACCUCGUCGACCUCACAAAGGCGCCCAAAACAAUCAUUGGUACGCUGCUCAUACGCACACACAGAGAGAGACAGAGAGAGAGAGAGAGAGGAAUGCAUGGCGCCAUUCUCUCCCCUUAUGUGAUGUGUGUCCAUCCACUCACUCCACGGUUGUCAGGUUCUCAGCCCACCGUGGGACAGCUGAGCGACAUGAUUAUGAUAAGCGGCAAGGUGCCCCCCGAGCAGCUGGCCGUCAUCCUCAGCGAACUGCACAGCAGCCACUCGGCCGGCAACUCUUACAGCGGCGUCAAACCGUAAGCUAAGCAAGCCACUCCCACGCCCCACCCCUCCUCCGAUGGUGUGUGUGUGUGUGUGUGUGUUGGCAGACGUGUGUUGGUGCUGACCUCCCGCGAGCCGAAGCUCUACGAGCACAUUGUGGCUGACGCCUUGGCGCACUAUAACCUGCGCGUGUGCGUCAAAAAAGGCGACUAUGACGUAAGCACACACACACACACACGCAACAGCCUCAAGACAGAGGGAUAUGGUCAUCUCCAUCAAUCCAUCCAUCCAUCCACCCACCCAUCCCUGCAGGCCCGCGACUUGCGUAUGUUGGCCACGCAUGACGCCCGCGCAAUGUUCCUGUUCAGCGACCACCAGGCCGCCGAUGUGGUGCACGAGGACAGACAGACCAUCCUCAAGUGCCUCGGUAUACACACACACACACACACAGAGAGAGAGAGAGAGAGGCCCAAUGUCUGUCCCCAAUGUCUGUCUGUCUGUCUGCAGGAGUGCGUAAGUUCGCCCGCACAGGCAGCCUCCGUCUGAUGACGGUGCAGCUGAACCAGAGCGGCGCCAAGCAGCUGGCCCAGGACAUGGGCGUUCACCACGUGGUCUGCUUCAACGAGCUCAAGAUGAAACUCAUCGCCAAAUCGGUCGCGGGCUGCCCGGGGUUCGCGACGCUCGUGGCCAAUGUCUUCCGCAAGCUCAGUAACGACCUGCUGCUGUUCAGCGCACGACGGCUGGGGCUGCCUGGCGAAGACGAGUACUUCCGAGGUCCGCUCUCGCACCCCACCCAUCCACUUAUCCAUCCAUUUAUCCAUCUGUGUGUGGUCAGGAGCUGAUUUCCAGCUCUACAGAGUCGUGUUCCCGCAGUGCAUGGUGGGCCUCUUAUUCCACGAGGUCGUCCGGGGCUUCUUCGAGUGCUUCCACGUCUUCCUCAUCGGCGCCACCGCCUCCCAGCACCUCACAUUCCUUAACCCAUCCGACUGGAGGGUCGGAUCGCCAUGCCCCUUCACCUCCACUCCCCGAAGGGUCGACGGCGUCAUCCUCGCGCAGUCGCCCGAGGUGGUCGAGUACAUUCAGUCGCUCACGAAGAUCCCCUGGCGGAUAAGGGGCGGAGGGAAGACACGGAAGGGCGGCAAAGGGGGUGGUGGUGGGGGUGGGGGUGGUGUGGCCCCGAGCAGCAGCAGACGGAAGGCACUCACGCCGGUGUUCGUUGACGAGAGGGAGAGCACUGCUGGUGCCGCUGGUGGUGGGGAUGAUGGGCAGGUACGUAACGUACGUGAGGGACUGGUUUGCUGGGUGGAAACACGCCAGCACUCCCCUCCCUCCCUCCCUCCCUGUGUGUGUGUGUGUGUGUCGUUCACUGCAGGAAGUCAGACGAGCGUCGUUCCUAAAGCCGCCCUUCACGCCAUACCCCUACGUACAAACGACCGCCGACAAAGAGAGAGACAAAGAGAAGGCAGCACCGCCCCCACCAGCGGCAGCCAAGGACGACACCACGACCACGCCAGCAUCGUCCCCAGUGACCAGACAGCAGCCGCAGCCGCAGCCCCAUCCUCCGGCGCGUCAGGCGUCCAUCGGUUCCGCCACCACAAGCCACGAGGACGGCAGCAAAGACGGCAGGCAAGGAGGCCCGAAAGGCUCCCGGUCCUCCACCCUCUCUCUCACCGAAGCGCCUGUGGCCCCACCACCCCCUACACCGCUCAUGGGCGACAGCAGCAAGGGAUCGGCAGACAGAGACAGGGAGAGGGAGAGGGAGAGACAGCGCCGCAGCAGCAACGCAACGAAUGCCACUUCUUUCGCCCCCGGCCCGCAUGACAACAAUGACGACAAGGCCUCCCUAUCGGCCGUGUCAGCGGUGUCCGAAGCCUCGUGGAGCAACCCCCACAACGCCAUGAGUGGGGGCAUCGCCCGCGUGGCCGAUCUGCAGGAAGCCAAGAAUGCCGUCUUUGUGGAUCCCUCCCGGCCCUUGAUAGUUGUGUGCGGCUGGCCUAAGACCAUAUCGGUCUUCUUCCGAGCGGUCCGGUCGUCGGGCAGGUUUAAUGUGUGUGUCGUCGCGCCCCAUGUGCCACCGUACUCCUCACUCAACGAGCUGCAGGCAAGGAAGAAAACUGCGGGAGGGAGGGAGGGAGGGAGAAAUGCGCCCCCCACGGCCAGACACACACACACAAAUGCCUCUCUCUCUUUGUGUGUGUGUGUGUGUGUGUCGUGUGCAGGGUUUCUCUGAGUGGGUUGUGCAUAUCGAGGGGUCCCCUCUGCGUCGGACGGACCUGCUGCGCGCCGGGGUGCUGAAGGCCUACAGCUGUGUGGUCUUCAACUGCCCCCACGGCUUCGAGGGCACCGAGCACACACACACCAUCAGCACCACCACCGCCACCACAGCCAGACGCCACAAAGGAGACGACGCCGAGUGCAUCCUCGUCGCCAAGAAAAUAAUGGUACGCAUCUCCGACAGCAACCACACACCUAUCCCUCUCUCUCUCUGCGUGUGUGUGUUUAGGCCAUGAGAAUGUCGCAAAAGAAAAAAGAGAAAGGCCUGCUGGUCAACCGCGCAGCGUCGAGCGGGUCUCUGUCCGGCCCCGAGCAUCCCGCCUUAGCCGUCACCCACACCCACAGCACACGUCAGCACACUGUGCUCGAGAGUAUGUUCGACGUCAACGACGUGGCCCUGCAGCUGCCCGAGUUCAACAUAGUCACCGAGCUCAACAAGGCGGAAAGCAUCCAGUUCCUCGACCCCUCCCCCUGGUGCCCCGCCGCGAGCAGCCAGGACACCGAGGACCCAGAGACAGGGCAUUCCGACCAGCUCAAGAGGGUUUUCUACAUGGACUCCCCCGAGUAUAUGGCUGGCCACGUGUUUGUCGACGAGAUGCUGUACCCUCUGGCCUUUCGAGUGCGGCCGGUGUUCCCCUACGCCAUCGAGAGCAGCAUCAUUGACACGAUGAUCGAGGGCUUCGGCACCCAGGGGCGGACGCCUGUGCAGCUGAUGAACAUUGCGCCGCAGUUCCACGGUCAGCCUUUCAAGAAGCUCUUCCAGUACUCGGUUAAGCACGACGGCGUGAUACCCAUUGGGAUACUCAAAGGUCUGUCUGUGGGGGGGUUUGUGGCCUGACACACACUACACCGAACGAGCCGGCAUCUCUCUCUCUCUCUCCCCCUCCCUCUGUGUGUGUGUGUGUCCACCACGUCAGCUUUGGGCCCCGGCGCGUUGGCCUUCGUGUGCACUUGCCCACGAGCUGACUGCAAACUUGCCCCACACGACAGAGUAAAGCAGCAGAGCCCGGCGCGACACCGACCGUCAUCUCACUCUCUGUCUGUCUGUCUGUCUGUCUCUGUCUCUGUCACUGUCAGGUGUUCGCCAUAGUCCCGGUGCGAAUGCAGGACAUCGAGCCCCCCGACCAGACGCAAGACGUCAUGGAGAUCCCCUCCCACCCCCUCUUCCCCUACCACCCACACACGCGCGAGAACCUCCUCCUCGCCGACAACCACGUCCUGCGCGCCCACUCGUUCACAGACUUUAAUUUCACGACUAUGGUCGACAAUGGGGAGAUUAUCGGGGGUGCUGGCGGUGGGGGGCAUGGUGCUGCUGGUGAGAGGGGGUUGGAGGGAAGCGGACCUGAGAGGCGGCUGUCGUCUCCCUCUCUCGCUGCGGCCAACAGUGGCGGGCUUCACCACGGGCGGCGUCGGAGGCAGCCGCAGCGGUCUGCAGAGAUGAAGAAGCACGAGAGUGCGCAUGAGCUGCAGACACUGGACCAGCAGCAGCAACAGCAACAGCAGCAGGGGGCGGCUGGUCUUGUCUCUUCUUCUGGUGUGGUGGUGGAGUCGAAGCUGAGUGCGGAGUUCCCCCACAUCCCCUUCAAGCGCCGGGGGCCCUCAGACAACACCCCACACACGACGCCCACCCCACUGCCGAUGGUGCCGAUGAUGCCACUCGCUUCCUCUGCCUCCCCCUCCCCCUUGCCCCCCACCCCCCCGGUCGACAGGUCUCUCGUCGACACAGACGAGAGGGAAAGAGAUGCCGACAGCCGCCCCCACCCCCUCCCCCGGCCCACAUACAUGCGCCCACCAAGCCGCGAGACGAGUGGGGAGGGGGAGGGGGAGAGGGAGAGAGACGAUGCGCAUGCUGCCAAUGGUCAGCACAUGGCAUCAGCCCCGCCUCAACCCCCGGCGACACCUCCAGGAGCGUCAGCAGCAGGGCCAGGUGGGUUGGGUCAUGGCAAGAGGCCGGUGCAGUUCAAUAAGGGGGCGAGGGGCUUCAACACCAGCACGGUGUGACUGUGCGAUGGAUGGAUGGAUGGCGGUGUGGAUGAAUGGCAUGGUGUGUUUGUUGUCUUUCCGCCCGCCUUGCGUGUGUGUUGGCCGAGUCGGUUAAAUGAGUCAGGUGAGCCAUUUGGUCUUUCUCUGUGAGUGUGUGUGUGCGUGUGUGUGUGUGUGCAUCUCUAUGUGUGCGUGCGUGCAUGUCUGUCUGUCUGAGUAAUGGUGUGUAUCUUUUUUCAUACCGCUGCUUUUUCUAUCGUGCGAGGUGCUAUAUGGUCAAGAAGUAGGGCGUAAACGACAGACAGACAGACAGACAGGUGAGUGAUCAAGUACUUAGGAUAGAGUGGUGUGCGUGUGUGAUUGUGUGGAUGGAUGGAUGGAUGUCGCUG